GGGAAGCAUUUGCCUGGCAUGCCGUGCUCCCCGCCGCUCACUGCUCUGACUGCACGAGUGAAGGGAAAUCUGACUUCAGGCUCAGCUUAGUGGGAGCCACUCCGGGAGUGCCUUCAGGAGAGGUGGGGGUUGUUUGCUGAGAGAGGAGGUCAGUCGAGCAGCGGUUGAUGGAGAGAGAGCAAGACAGGAGGAGGCAGAGAGCAGUUUUCAGCCCCUCUGAAUCUUUCAUAAGGGAGAUCCUCCAACAUCACGCUGCCUGGACGGACUGAGAGAAAGUGUUGGUGUGCGUCUGAGGUGUGCAUUUAACUGGCACCCACAGUGACAGUGCACCAGGGACACGGGCAGGAGGAGAGGGAACCAAGGUGUGCACUUUGCAGACAGCAGGACCAGCAGAGAGAUGGGAGAGCACUGGUGUUGAGAAGAGGAUUUUCCUGAAUGUGACCCCGUUGUAGACUCACGGCUCAGAGCCUCUGAAGAACAGGACCAGCAGCAAAGCACAGGACAUGAGCCAAAGAAAAGAGAAAGGGCGAGGGCAUGACUGCUGGCUCUCUAAUCCUUAAACCCGUGAAGAACAGGGAAAAGGGGAAAGAAUAGAAAGCACAGAGGCAGAGCUGCUCCAGCAACAGAGAGGUAUGUGUCAGCUGGGUGUUUGUAUGCAUGUGAAGUAGUCUCAAUUUUCCUGCAACGCUACAAUCCGGUCAAAACUUCUCAGUGUCUGCAUGAAGAGAACAGAACUAACUGCACAUGACCGGGUCUCGGGACUGAAAUUGGAGAGAAAUUGACAGAAUUUGACAGAGGAGUGAUCCGAGCAUCCCAUACAGGCACGAUCUCAGCCUCCCGGGAUGUCAUCCAACGAGCUCAGCGUGGAGAUGGACUCCUGCAUCAGGACGUUCAAGGAGCACAUGCACCUGGAGCUGGAGCCCCCCAAGAUACCAGGUGUGGUGGGAGGAAAGCGGGGUGCCACGUCGCCGAAGCUGUCCCCAAGAAGCUCCCCUCGUCUCUUCCGCAAGCUGAUGGUGAACAAGAGCAUCCGACAGAGGCGGCGCUUCACCGUAGCUCAUACCUGCUUUGAUGUGGAGAAUGGCCCGUCUGCCAGCUGCAGCCCCCUGGACCCCCAGGCCUCCCCCGGCUCUGGUCUGGUCCUCCACACUAACUUCCCCAGUCAUAACCAGCGCAGGGAGUCCUUCCUCUAUCGCUCGGACAGCGACUAUGAUCUGUCACCCAAGUCCAUGUCACGAAACUCUUCCAUCGCCUCUGAACUACAUGGUGAUGACUUGAUCGUAACGCCCUUUGCUCAGGUUCUGGCAAGCCUUCGAAGUGUAAGGAAUAACUUCACUGUACUGACUAAUGUCCAGUGUGCCUCCAGCAAGAGAUCACCUGCAGCAACAACUCAGCCUCAAAUCACCAGAGUUUGUCUCCCAGAUGAGGCGUACCAGAAGCUGGCCAUGGAGACUAUGGAGGAGCUGGACUGGUGUUUGGACCAGCUGGAGACCAUCCAGACCUACCGCUCUGUUAGUGACAUGGCCUCCACCAAGUUCAAGAGAAUGUUGAAUCGGGAGUUGACACACCUAUCUGAGAUGAGUCGCUCUGGAAAUCAGGUUUCAGAAUUCAUCUCCAACACCUUCCUCGACAAACAGAAUGAGGUGGAGAUCCCAUCGCCUACGUCCAAGACGCGAGAGAAGAAGAAGCAGCAGAAGCAGCAGCUGAUGACACAGAUCAGCGGGGUGAAGAAGGUCUCUCAUGGCCCCUCGCUCUCCAGCAGCAGCAUCUCUCGUUUUGGUGUAAAGACCGAUAAGGAGGAACUGCUGUCCAAGGAGCUGGAGGACCUGAACAAAUGGGGCCUGAACAUUUUCACUGUUUCCGAGUACUCAAACAACCGACCUCUUACCUGCAUCAUGUAUGCUAUUUUCCAGGAGAGAGAUCUGUUGAAGACAUUUAAGAUCCCGGUGGAUACUUUUGUGGCCUACAUGAUGACGCUGGAAGAUCACUACCAUUCAGAUGUGGCUUACCACAAUAGCCUCCAUGCUGCUGAUGUUGCCCAGUCCACUCACAUCCUCCUCUCCACUCCCGCCCUGGAUGCGGUCUUCACAGAUCUUGAGAUCCUGGCCGCCAUCUUUGCUGCAGCCAUCCAUGAUGUUGAUCAUCCUGGAGUAUCAAAUCAAUUCCUAAUCAAUACCAACUCUGAGCUGGCACUGAUGUACAAUGAUGAGUCUGUGUUGGAGAAUCAUCACUUAGCUGUGGGAUUCAAGCUACUACAGGAAGAUAACUGCGAUAUCUUUCAAAACCUCACCAAGAAGCAGCGACAGUCCCUGAGAAAGAUGGUCAUUGAUAUGGUUUUGGCCACUGACAUGUCCAAACACAUGAGUCUUCUGGCAGAUCUGAAGACUAUGGUGGAGACCAAGAAGGUGACAAGUUCUGGAGUGCUGCUGCUGGACAAUUACACUGACAGGAUACAGGUGCUGCGUAACAUGGUGCAUUGUGCAGAUCUGAGUAACCCCACUAAGUCCUUGGAGUUAUACCGCCAGUGGACUGACCGGAUAAUGGAGGAGUUUUUCCACCAGGGAGACAGAGAAAGAGAGAGGGGCAUGGAGAUCAGCCCCAUGUGUGACAAACACACAGCCUCAGUAGAGAAGAGCCAGGUUGGUUUCAUUGAUUACAUCGUACACCCUCUAUGGGAGACUUGGGCAGAUCUGGUCCAUCCGGAUGCUCAGGACAUUCUGGACACACUUGAGGACAACAGGAACUGGUACCAGAGCAUGAUUCCCCAGAGUCCCUCCCCACCCUUCUACGACCAAGGCACGCAUGGACACGGGGGUGUCACCGGAGGACAGGGAGGCGGGGAGAAAUUUCAGUUCGAACUGACCCUGGAAGAGGAGGACUUGGAUGGAAUAGAAAAGGAUGGUGACGGGGAGGAAGAAGAGGAGGAGGAGGAGGAGGAGGAGGAAUUAGAGGAGGAGGAUAGUAUGGGAGAUUCUCGUUCUCCCCCCUUGGACUAUUUGGACAUUCAGGACCAUGAGGAGGGCGGCAUCAUGGAGCCCACGACAGCAAUAGAGAUCGUGACACACGAGGCGUCACCCACAGACACAUAGGGCUUUGGUCAUCAAGAUCGCAUGGUGACUUGAAAGUUUUUGGAAAAAGAGGGAUAUCCUCUUGCAGCUGUGCUUUUUGGUAAGCCCACAGAGGCAAGGGCUUAGUUUUCGGGCCCGCGCCGGGGCAUCUUGCACUUGGGUGUUUGAAGCCAGACACAGAAAGACAGUUUCAGUGGAGUGGCUUCAGAGUUCUCAGGAAAUAAUUACUGCGACCAUUUUAGUCUCGAUAGACAUGCAAGGCAAGAGGGAUUAACUUGAAGGAUUUCAGCCAGUUUGAAAAAUAGUUGUUUUUUCUUUUUUGGACUUGCAUUAAAUGGACACUGACACUACUGAGAGAAAUUUUGUACCUUAAGUCUUUUCUACAGAUAUGAGAUGAGAAGUAGCAUAGAGUAAGAUCUACUGAUGGAGACACAUUUGUAUAGCAAGAGAAAGUGUUUACUUUUUUCCUGUACCAUUUGUCAAAGGACUUUUGUGUGCCUUUUUUAAUAUUGUCUUUAUAAUAGUUUUUUAUUUAUUGAACAUUCUAGUAUGUCUGUGAAUUUUUUUUCUUUUCAUAUCUGAAGAGUGAACACCUGUUUUUGUAACGUUAAGAAUAUAGCAGUCUUCCAUGUAUUGGGCAAUAGAGAAAUCCAAACAAAUGUUGACAAACAACUCUUAGACAAACUCAUUUUAAAACAUGAACACCCACGGUUUUUUUUUAAUUUGUUAUUAAUUUGAGCACACGUUCUCUUCAGCAAACACUUCAUUCAUUCUUUAUUUAUGUUGCAUGCUUUGUUGCUUCCUGUAUCGAUUUAAUGCCAGAGUCAGUCAGUUAAAAUCAGUUAAGAGAUGCCACUUGGUUUGAUUUCAGACUAGUUCACAUGAUCUAAUGCAAAAUGUCAAGCAAAUCCUGUAGUUUAGGGCCUGCCAAUUUUGCAGUAAUAAGCCAGAAUUGGGAUUCCUUCAUUAAUUUUGAAGGUGUUAUAUUGGUGUAAGACUGGGAAGCUCUAAACAUAGAGCCAAUCUAAAUAGGUAGCAGUCAAAGAAGACUUGAAACUAAUAGCUCUUGACAUGAAGCUGCUUAGAUAUAUGAUCAAAUGAAAACCAUGAAAGUCAAGGACACAAUUCUCAGCUGCGAGUUAAUCUAUUUUUAGCCCACAGGUAUGCUACACAGUUAAUAAUCCCAUUAGUUGGAACAUUUUUGACCCCAGACCUGUCUGAUGUAAGGCCCCCCACCCCACCCAUCUGCAAUCAGGUCCUGACCAGAUGAUUAGAGGUGGUCCUGCAGCUGCCUGUCGAUAAAGACAGACCCUCAUCAAGUGCCAGUAUUCACAUGGUUUACAAACCUCCUCCAGGCCCCUGAGACACGACCCCAAAACAACCAGGCCAGCUAUUUCUUCUUUCACAGUAAAAAUCCCUCAAGUGCUGCUUCUGCUCAUUGACGUCAAUUGGUUUUUUUUUCCCACCCCUUCCUGCUGUAUCAGGUUUUCAGGACAGCCGUUAUGAGAGUGCAGAGUAGCUGGAUUCAGCGUGGCAGACUCUCCCCUUAUUAAGUGCAGGGAGGUGAACAUGAUCAGGUCAUGUUUAGCAUCUGUCUUGUUUCUGCUUUCUCAAAGGACAGGAUCCCAUAGUUGUAUCAUCUGUAAUGGCAUCUUUCCAUUUUAAUAUUGGUUUACUCAUACUCAAAGGUACUUAUUUCCCUAAAGCAUGGUUGAGUGGCAAUCAUUUGUUUGUAAUAUACCAGUAUGUUCUGUAUGUGUGUGCAUGUGUGCAUUACGCCUUACCCCCAAUCACUAAACACCUUUGUCUCUGCUGUUUGUCGCUAGGCGCUCAAGUUGGUCCUUUUUGCUGUUUAUAACAGUGUGUAUUUAUUCUAUACUUUAAACUUGUAUAUAAGAAAUACUGGUUCAGUGUAAAAUCUAUUUUAAUUUAUAUGCACUUGCAUUACCUUGAAGUGGUGGUGUCUAAUGUGUAGAAGGCUCUGGAUUAGAGUCUUUUUAUAUAUGUAUUAUAUAUUGUUUUUAUAUGAAUAUAUAUAUAUAUAGAUAUAUCGCAGUAUAUAUUCGCACAAUGUUUUGAGUACCCAGCAGAGCAGCAGCUAAAGAAAAUGUUGCUGAUGUCAAAUGAAAACCUUGUACUUCCACAACAACUUUUUUAUGUCACUAUUAAAGUUAGGAUUGUGUUUUGAUAUUUUCACAUAAAUCAAACUGGUAAACUAUAGAUCAAUAAUAUGCAUGAGCAUCAAACCAAAAACAUAUUGCCACUUUGUUUUAGUGUGUUGAAUUUCACAUUAUUCACACCUUGUUCAUGCUGUUUUUGUAAUCAAUGAGUUUUAUGAAUAAAUAUGAUUUUUGGACUGGAUGCAAGGUUUUCCUCUGACACCAGCAAACUGGUAACCCAAAGGCAACAUAGAGGACAUGUUAAACUGCAUAAGCGUGGAUAAAGGAUUCCUACUAGCUAGCUGAGGAACAUUGAAAACUUCGUCGACACUUGGUUUCCAAGUACACAAAUGGCCUGUUUUGUCUCAGCAGCUUGUCACAGCCUGAGCGUCUAAAUCCAGCAGAAAGCGGAUUGCUGAUAUAUGAGGCCAGAUACAGGUUUGACUGACAAGCACCAAGUGAUUCUCUACUUUUACACUUAACGCACUUCAUCCAAAAGUAGAUAAUGUGAGGAUAAUAUUGGUAGCAUGCUACGAUACACCCUGAACACUGAACAUCAACUGUUCUGAAUUUAAAAAAAAAAAAAAAAAACAUGAUCUUAUGUAACUGAUUGUGUUAAUGUGUGAACUCUUUCUGACCAAACUUGUUA